CGAUAAUAUUGUAAACCAAUUAUUGAUAUAUUAAGUCAUAUUAAAAGCAUAAAUGUCUGAAAAUAUGGAUCCGUUGGUCGGUGUUGUGGAGCACUCGACUAAUUUUGUCCGCUUCUCGGUGUUUGUGGCACAAAGUGGUCAAAUGAUCACAUAUUAUCAGCUCGAGGUGAAUAAGAUACUGCCCCGGGAGGGCUGGAUCGAGCAGGACCCUGUUCAAAUCUACGAGACUGUUUUGCAAUGCAUCGAGGUGGUCACCUAUAAGUUGUCACAAUUGGACAUCGAUCUAGAUCAAAUCAAAUGCAUUGGCAUUACAAAUGAACGCGAGUCCACUGUUGUUUGGGAUAAAAUCACUGGACAGCCCUUUUACAACUGCAUCGUAUGGCUGGACAACCGGACCAGCGAUUUGGUCGAGAAGAUAAUCGACGACAUCCCGGGCCGUGACAUCAAUUGGCUCAAGAAGAAGACAGGUCUGCCUAUAAGCACAUACUUCUCGGCGCCCAAACUCCGGUGGCUUAUCGAUAACGUGCCGCCAAUACGCGAGGCUAUCGACGACCAGCGGCUACUGUUUGGCACAAUCGACACGUGGCUGUUGUGGAAGUUGACGGGACAGCACUCGACAGACGUGACUAAUGCCAGCCGAACGAUGCUUAUGGACGUCGAGUCCUGUCAAUGGGACCCCUAUUUGUUGGACUUUUUCCGUUUGCCCGCAAAUAUAUUGCCCGAAAUUAAGUCUUCGUCCGACUAUUUCGGCGAUUUGCUGGUCAGCGAACUAAAGGGAGUGCCGGUCACUGGCGUUAUAUCGGAUCAAUCGGCAGCACUGGUGGGUCAGAAGUGUUUCGGUUUGGGCCAAACAAAGGUCACGUGCGGCACCGGCUGUCAUAUCAUACAAAACAUAGGCAGCGGACCCAUUCACGGGGCGCUGGAGGGCGUACCCAAAGAGGCCAAACAUAAUCUACUGAUAACAAUAGCGUACAAAUUGGGUGCACAGCCCGCCUGUUACGCCCUGGAGGGCAGUGCGGCCAUAGCCGGGGCCGCCAUCACUUGGCUCAGGGAUAAUCUCGAAGUGAUUAAACAUUACGGAGACGUCGAAAGUAUCGCUCAGAUGGAGGAGAGUUGCGGUGGUGUGUACUUUGUGCCCGCUUUUCAAGGUAUGUGU